AUGAUGAACGCGGACGCAACGGGGCGGCUGCUCAAGUACGACGCGCAGACGAAGAGCGUCACCGUGCUCAAGGCCGGCCUGCCGUACCCGAACGGCGUGGCGGUCAGCCGCGACGGCGCGCAGGUCGUGGUCGCGCACACCGUGCCGUGCCAGGCGUUCAGGUACUUCCUCCGCGGCGCCAGGGCGGGACAGUACGAGCUGAUGGCGGACCUGCCGGGCUACCCGGACAACGUGAGGCGGGACGGCAAGGGUGGCUACUGGGUGGCGCUGAACCAGGAGAAGCAGUGGCUGGACGCGGCUCCGGCGACGGCUCCCGCGAAGCACCUGGCCGGGGUCCGCCUGGACGCCCACGGGGUGGAGGUCGAGGAGCUUACGGCGGCCAAGGGUGUCACACUGAGCGACGUGGCGGAGAGGAGGGGGAAGCUGUGGCUGGGCUCCGUGGAGCUCGAGUACAUCGGCCUCGUUGCUUGA